CCUUUUUGCGGAAGACGCGUGAGGUCAAAGCAGACGGUGAAUUGCACAGGGCAUCCUUUUUCCCGGAGGAUUUGUACGCCCAGCAGCGAAAACGAAUAAUCCUAGUUGAAUUAGCGGCUGCAGACAUAAAAGACGAGAUUUUGAAGCAAUCGUUGCUUGGACAGCAGAAAUCGAGGAUUUGGGAUUGUGGAGAAAAUGGAGAAGGUGAUGAAUGUACUCAGACCGAAGCCAAAUCCGCAACAGCUAUUGAGAGAUUGGCAGCGCAAGCUUCGUCAAGAGUGUCGCAACAUUGAACGCCAAAUCCGAGAUAUACAAAGAGAAGAAAAAAACGUACAGAAGGCGAUAAGGGAGGCAGCUAAGAGAAAUGACAUGGGUUCAGCAAAGGCACUUGCAAAGGAACUUGUAAGAUCUAGGAAAACAGUGAAUCGUCUUUACGAAAAUAAAGCACAGUUGAAUUCAAUAUCAAUGCAUCUUGGGGAAAGUGUUGCAAUUGCUCGUACUGUGGGACAUUUAUCCAAGAGUGCUGAGGUUAUGAAGCUUGUCAACAACCUCAUGAAGGCUCCUGAGGUGGCUGUGACAAUGCAAGAAUUUAGCAAAGAAAUGACAAAGGCAGGGGUAAUCGAGGAGAUAGUAAGUGAUGCUGUUGACACAGCCCUAGAUUCUGAGGACAUAGAAGAUGAGAUUGAAGAAGAAGUUGAUAAAGUCUUAACUGCAAUUGCUGGUGAGACAGCUGCACAGCUUCCAGAAGCUGUCAGGAAGGACAAGGUGAAGCAACCUGCUCAAAGUGUCGAAGCUACAGAGGAAGAUGCUAUAGCUGAGGGAGUUGAUGAUGAAGAGGAAAUGGAAGAAAUUAGGGCUCGACUUGCUAAAGUUAGGUCAUAAGCUUAACUGGAUUCCUGCAGCCUAUCUGGUGUAUUACAAGGAGAUAACGACAGAUUUGUAUCCUACUUGAUGUAUUUAGAUUGAAAAGGGCAAAACCAAAGUUACGCCUAGAAAAGAAGAUCCUGGCAGCAGCGGUAUCUUGUGUAAAUAACACUGAAGUUCUUGGAAGAGCACCAAAAUUUAUGAGCUUGGUUUAUCCUUGGUUGAGAUAUUUUGCAGUGUUUUGCAAUUGAGCAUUAAACUAAGUUUGAUAAUUAAA